ACUGCAUCUAAACCCAAAGCAAGUCGCAGCCAUUUUCCUCAGUCAAAUAAACUUCAAUCAGAGAGACAAACGGUAUAAACAGAAGACGGGACUUUAAAUCGCUGACAUCAACAGAUGUCUCACUGUGAAGUGGAGUUCGGUUGCAGUCUGCUUCCCGGCGUUCGGUUUGACUCUAUGGCUUAGCAUGGUGAUAACAACUCUCGCUGUCUCCUUCCUCAGUGCCCCGCUGUCCUCUGCUACUUGAGGCAGGUAGCAGUGAGACUAAACUGCAGGGACGGUCAUUUUUACUACUGUUAUUUGCCUGGGACACUCCGAUCCUCCCCAACCCCCUCCUGAGGCAGGAUGGAGCCCCAGGCUUCCCUGGGGCUUAUCGGAGCAGAGGGGGAUUGUGAGAUGACGAGUUUACUGGUACCCAGUCCCCAGAGUGAGGCGGUGACCCAUGACAUGGAGGAACUGUCGCUCCAACCCACACAGAGCCUGCCUCCACUCAACGAGCGAAAAAAUGUCCUGCAAUUGAGACUUCAGCAGAGGCGAACCCGCGAGCAGCUGGUGGACCAAGGCAUCAUGCCACCGCUGAAGAGUCCAGCAGCUUUCCAUGAGCAGAUCCGCAGUUUGGAGAGAGCCAGGACGGAGAAUUUCCUGAAGCACAAAAUCUGUAGUCGUCCAGAGAGGGCGGAGCUUGUCAGGAUGCACAUUCUGCAAGAGACGGGAGCAGAGCCGUCGUUACAGGCCACACAGAUGAAGCUGAAGAGGGCCCGACUGGCUGACAACCUGAACGAGAAGAUCGCCCAGCGGCCCGGCCCCAUGGAGCUGGUGGAGAAGAACAUUCUGCCCGUGGACUCCAACCUGAAGCAAGCCAUCAUCGUGGGGCAGGUGAACUACACCAAGGUGCUGGAUGAAGACAGCUGUGACGCCUUGUCCCCAGAGCAGCCGGCCAGUCAGGAAUCUCAGGGUUCAGUCCCUUCACCCGGCGAGGCCAAAGCACCAGAAAUGCCCCCUGCAGCUGCUGCACCGCCACCGCGGCUCAGCCCCGUUCAGCAGGCCCUCCCCAUAACUACACAACCACAAAAUGACUUUGUGAAAGUGAUUUGCACCAGUGAGCUGCCCGCCACCCGACCAGCAUCAAAACCGGGUCCAACGCUGGUGAAGCAAAGCCAGCCGAAGCAGCCGUCAGAGAAGAGUCGCAGUAAGAAAGGCAAAGAGCCCAAAUCCAGGGUGAAGAAGCUGAAGUACCACCAGUACGUCCAUCCUGACCAGAAGCAGGAAGCCAGCGAAGUCUCCAUGGACUCCUCCUACGCCCGCCUGCUGCAGCAGCAGCAGCUGUUUCUGCAGCUGCAGAUCCUCAGCCAGCAGCAGCAGCAGCACUACAAUUAUCAGACAAUCCUCCCGGCACCGCUCAAAGCCGUGGCAGAGGGUCAAGGCAGCAGCACCAGCCUGCCAGCCUCCAUCGUGGUGUCUUUGCCCACGGCUCCACCACCUCCUCCUCCGCCUCCUGCUCCUACUCGUCUCAAUAACUCACUGUCCAAACGCAAGCCCGGCGUGUUGCCCACCAACCUGGAGGAGAUGAAGGUGGCCGAACUAAAACUGGAGCUAAAGCUGCGUGGCCUCCCCGUGUCAGGAACGAAGACCGACCUGAUCGAGAGGCUGAAGCCAUUCCAGGACAGUUCCAGUUCCUCUGCGCCUGCCACCAUUCCUGUCUCUGCCACAACCGUGGCCUCUUCUGCCCCCGUGGAGGUCACCACCAGCAGCACCCCUGCUGUUGUCCUCCCAUCCCAACCAGGAGCUCCAGAGUGCAAGAGCGUCACACCUCCCGUCUCACCCGUUCCCUCUGAUAUCGCCGACCUCCAGCUGGAUGUCAACAUGUCUGACGCUCUCUCGGACCCACAAAUGUUGAGUUCUUUCCCAGUGGACCCACAGUCCUCACCACUCCCGUUUAUUCAAGUCCCUGAGGAAAAGGACAGGAGGCUCCAUGAGAAGGAGCGGCAGAUUGUGGAGUUGAUGAAGAAGCUUGAGCAGGAGCAGAAGCUGGUGGAGGAACUUAAGAUGCAACUGGAGGUAGAGAAGAGAGGCCAAGGUGGAUGCACCACUGAGUCUACAUCCACACCCUCCAAACUCACUCACGUAUCUGCCAUCACCCCCGUUGCGACCGUCGUGAAGUCAGAUGUGGUGAAAACGGAGGGAUCGGUCCUGGGAAACUGUUCGUCCAGUAUUGCUGCCAUCCAGAACUCCAUCCUGGGCUCACAGGCUCUCACAACGUCUCUGCCGGUGGUGGUAAAGUUAGAGCACGUCACCGUUUCUUCUGGGAAACCCCUCCAAAUCCAGACCCAGUCCCAAGCAGCAACCAGCCCUCAACUAGUCAGCCAGUCUCAGAGAAGUACUACGUUUGAGGCCCACCCUCAGUCCCAGCCUGCAGCCCCCAGCUUACAGCAGUUCUUUAUCAGUCAUCCAGGUGGGGUGUCACAGGUGGUUGGUCAACCUCAGACUCUACUGACCACGACUGGCCAGGGCGGAACGCAGAUCCUCCUCCCAGCCUCACUGGCCAACGCGACCACCAUCCAGCUGCCGAACACCGUCAGUUUACAGCCUGUUCUUCAGACCACGGCAACUAAUUCAGUCCCAGGCGUGGUCCAGACUUCUGGUCCUCCGCUGCAGAGCACGAAGAUGGAGGUCUCAGCCGCCCAGCAGUUAGUCAACCCCAAUGCUUUGUUACAGACUCUGACGGCGGCCAGUAACGCGUCCGUUUUGGACAACCAGCUGAGACCUGAGAUGAACCCACAGUGUUUCCUAGGAAGUUCCCCAGAGAACAGAGUUUCUCCUCGAGUUUCACCCAACCACCACAUCUCCAACGGACCCCUCAGCAAGCCUCCUUCUCCGUCUCAGCCCGCCUUCAUCCUCCAACCCAUCACUCAGCUUCCCAAGAAGAGAGAACCUCCUCGCUACGAGGACGCCGUCAAACAGACCCGCAACCUGCACAUGAACAACAUCUCACAGGUUCCUACAGCAACCAGCCAGCACAUGGAUGACCUGUUUGACAUUCUCAUCAAGAGUGGAGAAAUCACUCCGUUUGUUCACUCAGACGUGCCGGUGCCUCUGGCUAAGACCCUCCAGGUCACCGCCAACGUCACCACUUUGCCCAUCCGCAACGCCCUCUCCAGGCCGCCCCCACAGGUGCAGGUGGCUCCACCCCCAACCCUCAGCUCCCUGUCUGACCCCAGCCUGCCCAGCCUCUCCUCGCUGGCUACAGACAACCAGCUGGAGGCCUUCCUGGAGGAGACACUGGCUGAGACGCCGUCAGUGUCGGACCCGCGCACGCAGGGCCUGAUGGAGGAGCUGCAGGCUCAGCUGAUGGAGCACCAGCCCUACUCGCCCAUGGACACAUCAGAUCUGUCCUUCUGCGACUCCUCGCCACCCUCCUCGCUCCACAUGGGCCUGUCUGACCCGGCGCUGGACAACAUGGAGUGGCUGGACCUCACCAUGCCCCCGGGUCCUGCUGGAGCACUCACACCACAGGGGAUCCCGACAGACUUCCUGGAUACACACGACCUGCAGUUGCAGUGGGACUGAAGGGAAACAGAGGUGAAGAGUGGCAGAAGAAGUGACAGACAGAUGACCAGAGGAAAGAAAAAGGUGAAGAGUUUGAGUUAAAACAUGUGACUGUUUAGCGCUGCGUCUCUUCUUCUUACUUUCCCGCUGCACUACAGACGGAGUUCACACUAAUUUUACAUUUUAUCUGCACUGAGCUGCUCGUAGAAACCUGUAGCAUGCGCGAUAAAUGUGUUUUAGACGGCCAGGAGGUCUGAGCGACAAAAUCAGUAAAAAAAAAAACUGACAGUUCACGGAGGGGUGUUUGCUGACACCUGCAGGACCGAAACAGAGACACGCCCAUUUAAACUCCAGUGACACUGACGCUCUAAAUGUGGUUGAAGAAGGGAAACUACGUCAAAGAGCACGUGAUCUUAUCCUGGCAGUGUUCAGCCAAAACCUGCACAACUCAAAUUAUGAGCUGCAGAGCUGCCGUACAGCGAAACACCCUGUUUAAACUAUCACGGGAGGGGGCGUGUCCAGAAAAUCACAGAACUUUCUGAUAGACACCUCGACAGUCACCACCAGCUUCACUUGUUUGGUCAGAUGUGCCCCACAUACACUGGAGCUCUUGGUGAAACUAUAUUGUACCUGCACUAAUGGUAAAUGUUCAGCAGGUGGAGAUAUUGCUCCAUUUCAAGGACCUCGAGUAGAGGCUGAUGUGGGGACAGGUCGAUGAAUCUGUUGCACGAAACAGUUGGAUGAGUUAAAAAAAAAAAAAAACUUUUCUGCUGAAUUCCAAAAAAACUAAUGUUGAUGAUAGCAGAUGAUCCAGAUUAAACUUCUGGAAUUUGCUCACUGUAGCACAGACAUUUUCAGGCGUUAUUGUUUUCUCAAGAACAAGUAGCUGGACGUGUGCGUUGCCUCUGUGAGAAUCUGCUGGUGUUCUUCAGAUCAGGAUCAUUAGCUGGAUCCACCAGACUGACACCCGCGCCGGCAGAGAGAUCCUGGUCCUUCCAGCUCAGUCUCACACGAGCUCAACACUGAUUUACGCCUGCAGAGUUUUAACGGGAACAUGAAUGUAGUCAAAGUGGUUUUCUGUAAAUAUCGCAACUUUAUCAUUCAGCCCUGUUUGUAAAUAUUUUUGUUACUCUGAAACGUAUUGAUCGCUGAUUCUGGAAUAGAUUACAGUGCAUCUGUUUGAACAUGGAAACACGUGUUUCAUGAAUACAUUACAAAUUUUUAAAACCUUGGGUGGAGACUUGAUUUGAGACAUUUGAGGACAUCGGGAACUUGUGACGUUUGCGCCAGCUCCACCUGCUGAGGAAGUUUGGUUGUUUUGUUGUUCACACAGAUCUACUUAACGGAAAUACUGUCAAUUAAAAGGGAUCCUGCGACCCCUGAGGUCAGGCUGAUGAACCAAUGAGCUGAAGGAGUCCGGCGGACGAGCUGAGGAGAACUAUGCACUAACGAGGCGCAGAGAGCGGACAGCGCGCCUCGCUCACCUCACAACAAGGAAAUGUGAACUCUGCGUAUCCAAGGUGGUCAGAAGUCAGUCGUACGGUUGUUAUUGGCAUCCACAAACCCAACUGCUGCCAGCGCUAUGAUUUUGAAUGUAGUCUCACCACACGUGGGAAAUAAGACUUUACUUACAAUGUCGGCAGCUCAAUUUUUAUCUCGCUGUGGUGACGGGACGGGAACAAACGAUGUGAACAAAAGGUGUCUUUGGAGGUCAGUGUGACAGCGUGAUGCUCCUGAGUUAGCCGUGUCAGAUGGGAAAUGACGAGGCGACUGUAUGUCUUUCCAUAGCAGAAAGCAGCGGUGUAACGAUGCAUUGAGCUCACACGUCUGAUCUCAUCUGGUCAGGCGCAUCGCUGUCUCAACUGCUGGUUUAAUUUAUCCAGGAUUAGACAAAGAUCCUGGUUCCAUCGUGUUCUGUGUGUGUCAUCUAAAAGGGGCGGAGCCAAGACAUUUGAAAACUAGAAGAAUCGAUUAUGUAAAAUGUCGUUUUGCGUGGAAAUCGUUACUCUCCGCAACUCUACUUUAUUCUAUGUGCAAAAGUGCAGCUACUUCCUGUAGCACAUUCCAUUUUAAUAACACUUUGUUUACUCAUUAUGCAAUAGAUGAUCUUUUUUUUUUUUUAAAUUGAACACUUUUUAAAAUUUCCUCAUCCAUGAAAAAGGUGUUACAAUUCUUCUGUUCCUUGACUAAAUUUUUAAAAAGCAUUCGUUGUUGAUAAUUUACACAUUUCUAAUUUUGUUAUGUUUUGGUUUAUUGGUGACGAGUUUUGCAAAUUUAGGCCGAUUAUUAGCGCAGCUGUUUCUGCUAACUCUCACCUUCCAACUCGCUGUUGUCCGAUUGCCGCCUGAAUUGUUGAGUGAUGAUGCAUCGUUACAUCCUGACGAGAUGUUCAGUAUCGUUUGCUAGCGACUGGAUUCUGGGCGCAGUCUGCCACGACAUUUAGCGCGUGUGGAUUUGUCUCCUGCAUGUACGUCUUUGUCCGUGUGCAUGACUGUAUUUUAAUCUUUGCAUGUUCCAAUUUCGGCGCUCGCUCCCGUCGCUGCCCUGGCAUCAGAUCAUUCGCUAGUUAGCAUUUUCUAAACCUUACAGCUCCAAAGGCGUCUUAUGACUGUUUUUAAUCGAUAUCGCUCACUUUGAAGCACACAGACAUGUUGUUGUUGAAAACAGUUUUGUGCUUUUAACAUUUUUCAUCAAUGCUAAAUUUAUUUUACAGUUUUUGUUUCCUCACAUUCAAGUAAAAAUGUGUAUUUUAUGUUCCAGUAGACAUUUGUGAGAUUGACUGUUUCAUUCUCUAUGGCACUUUGAAACAAAACAUGUUGAAGCGCAUUUACUUUUAACCACUUGAGUUCUGUUUGUGGGCACGAGGGGGCGCUACGGGUAGAUUAGCACAAUUAGAAAUGCACAGGACUAGUUACGCUAGCAUUUUAGCUGUAACACUGUCAAGGAAUCUGGUCAGGAAGUAAAAUAAUUUAAUAUUGUUUUGCGUUGAUGUUUAAGAAAUCUUACAUUAAUUUGUGCCAACAACAGAAUCACAAUCUGUCGUGAUACAGACAACCUUUGGAUUGGUAGGAGUUAAUACUUAAAAAAAAAAAUGGAGUUAGUCAUCAUAAGAGCAAGCAGUGUUAAAUAAUCCUAUUUAAAAACAACCUUCUUUUCCACAAAAUAGUUCCACUAGAUUUCAAUCACAAAGAAAGAAUAUAUCGUACAAAUACAGGCACUGAGCUAGCUAAUUAGCAUAGCUCAGUUGCUACAACGUUUUUCCAACUAGCUGGUCUCAGUGCUUAGCAUAUAGCUAGCACAAAAAUACUUGUAACUGUAGCCAAAUGAUUAAAACAUUAGAAUUAGAAAAAUAAAUAAAUAACCAGAUCCACGGCACAUUAGCUUCCAACACAAACUAGCCAAGCACCAAGUUCCUGCUGUUUUGUUAGACUUCAUGUGGAAAAAAAAUAUUUUGGCAGUCCAUCAUGUGAGUGAGUGCUAAACCUCGUUUCCCCAAAAACACAGUGAGGCGAAUCUGAAGUAAGAUGUUUUUGGGGAAAUGGGGCGGGACUUAAAGUUCCAGUCUGAAGGUUUGCGAUCCCCCCCCCCACCAAAAAAAAACAUCCACCCCCGAUGCUUCCGCCAAAUACCGCACAGACAUAUGAAGGUGAAACGUUGCAAGUCUGUUUGUUGUUCUAAUUUUUUUUUUUUUUUUAAGUUUGUGAAAUAGUUGCUGCAAGUUGGAAUCGAGAGAAUUCUUUAUUUGCUUGUCAGCUUUAGAUAUUUUGAUACUUGUUGCCAAGAAAAUAUGGUGGAUGAAAAAAUUAUGUUGAAUAUGUUAUUUUCACACAAGUUUUUGUAUUUAUCACUAGUUUUUUUGGGGGGGGUUUUUUUGUUUUUUUUUUUGUUUUUUUUAGGUUGAACGUUAAAAGAACAUUUAAUCUUGUGUCAGAUUGUGAAAACCUGUGUAUAUAUUUGGUUUGCAAAGUUUGUUUUAUUUAGUACUUUUCACAUCAGGCGUUUGUGCUGCAGUAAAUCGACACUCGAUCAUAUGACAACACUUCCUGUUAGCCAAAAACAGCUAAUAACGGUGGCUCGCCGUUGGUGUACUGUAAGUCGGAUCCUGCCUCUUUUUUUGUGCUGACGAGCCUUUACACACAGUACUACAAUUUGUACAGUACUACGAGUGUUUCAUAUCUGUGGUUCCUUCGUUUUUUUUAUUUGAUCUUCAUAUGUUUAGUGCGUUUCCACCAAGACACACUGUGGUGGUUUACUGUUCUGGUUCGCGGACCUGAAACCACUUUGACCAAAAAAUUUAUUUCUAAACCCAAAACAUUAGAAAGUAACAGGACUACUGCUGGCAUCAUGAGGGGGAGGGUGUCAUAACACGUCAACAAUCCAAACAGACUUGGUUCCAGUUCAAACAGUUCUUUUUCAGAAUGUUUUGGGUGGAACUGAUCCAGUACUGGCACCUGUUGUGCGUCACGCUGCUCUUUGUUCAGUUGUGUAGUUUCACGUGUAAUGUGUGUACUUUUGUUUUGUUUUUUAUUAUUUCUUUCUAACAACCAAAAUCUCGUGGCUCUACCAGACGCACCGAUCAACCAGCGGUUGAUUUAUUUCCUUAAUCGUCGCUGAACGUCCUCCACAGACGGUGCCGCGCCUGUUUGUACGCCAUACGUUUUGCACAUUAUGUACAUAUUUAUAUAGAUGUAAUGGAUAUUUUUAUACAUGUGUAACAUCCACGGGCUCUAUUGUGUAAAUACGUAAAUUGUAUAGAAGUGCUGUAUGCCUUCGUGUCAAUAAAAUCUGGUGUCAUGUGAAAAA